ACUGUUUUCGGCGCGCUGCUGCUGCUGGUGGAGGGAGCUGCGUAUGCUAAUUCUCUUCACUUCCCCUCUCUAAAUCAAUGCCUUUUAUAGUUAGGAGUGUGUGUUUGUGUGUGUGAGAGACUGACACGAGCGGCAGCGCUGCGCUUCUCAUCCGACAACCCGGAAAAUGGAGACACACGGCUGCGCUGCACAAUGAGCCGCUGAGCUGAACCGAGCCGAGCCGAGCCGCCACUGCUGCAGCUGCUGGUGUUUUAUAGCUGGUUUACCGUAGCGACCUGACCUCGCCUGUGGACUCGAUUACCGGCUGUGUUUGGGGUUUCUGAUUGGACGGCAUGGGGAAUCUGAUUAAGGUUCUGACGAGGGAUAUCGACAACAAUGCUGGGAACUUCUUCCUGGACUUUGAGAAUGCUCAGCCCACGGAGGCAGAGAGGCAGCAGUGGGAGCAGGUGAGCGCGGUUCUAGAGGAGGCGAUGAGCAUCCUGCAGGACCUGCAGUCUUACAGUGGAGCAGGAGAAGCCAUCAGACAGGCUAUUCAGCAGCCGAAUGAUGAGAGUGUGCAGGAGAAGGCCUGGUCUUCUGUGGUUCCACUGGUGGGGAAGCUAAAGAAGUUUUACGAGUUCUCUGUGAAGCUGGAGGGCACCCUGCAUGGCCUCCUUGGGUUCCUGACGAGCGCUCGCUGCAGCCCCACGCAGCAUCUGGAGCAGGAGCAGGCUUUGGCACGACAGUUUGCUGAGAUCCUCCACUUCACACUGCGUUUCGACGAGCUCAAGAUGACUAACCCAGCCAUCCAGAACGACUUCAGCUACUAUCGGAGGACUCUGAGCCGCAUGCGGAUCAACAACUUGGCAACGGAGGAGGAGAACGAGGUGAACAACGAACUGGCCAAUCGCAUGUCUCUCUUCUACGCCAAUGCCACGCCCAUGCUGAAAACAUUAAGUGAUGCCACAACGAAGUUUGUAUCAGAUAAUACAGAUUUACCCAUAGAGAACACAACAGACUGCUUGAGUACGAUGGCCAGCGUGUGUAAAGUCAUGUUGGAGACGCCAGAGUACCGUAGCCGUUUUGCCAGUGAAGACACAGUGUUAUUCUGCCUGCGUGUGAUGGUGGGAGUCAUCAUCCUCUAUGACUAUGUUCAUCCUGCUGGAGCUUUUGUCAAGUCCUCAAAAAUUGAUAUGCACACAAACAUAAAAAAUACACUGAUAGCGCCAUACCCUCAUACAUUCAUCUCUACCCAAGAUCUUCCAGUUAGUUCCAAAGAGGGGACCAUACCCGCCAGAAGCUCUUGGACCUCUGGCGGAGGUCAUAAGUCAGUUUCUCAAGAGGAAGGAGAGAUGUCAACUGAGAGAGCCAUAAGGUCAAUGAUGGGGCUUGUUUGGAAGACCAAAGCAGCAAAAUAUAUAUUUUUUUGCUAUAAAACCCAACAGAGUGAGAACUUGUUUCAACUGGGAAUCAAAAAUGUCAUUCAAUGGGCAUUCAGCAAAUACAGUGCGGGGCACAUAGCAAUUUUUACACUUAAAAUGUCCUUAAUAACCAGAUGCACUUCCCUCCAGAAUGAUUUAAUUUUAUUGCAGGUCCAAAAAAAGUGAAUAAAUGUACCUCUCAGUGUCUGACAUUUGAAGCAAAGGUCCGAUCUCUCUGGGUGUAUCGUCUGUAAUCAUACUGGUGUUAAAUAGAUUCUAUGCAUGAACUUAAAAUUAAGUUCAUGCACAUUAAUUAAAGUGCACUUGGGAAACAAGUUCACACAAACAGAGUCCCAUGAAUUCUGAUCCAAGUCCAUUUUCAGAUCUUUCUCCCAAAUAGCCUUUAAGGUUAUUAAAGAAGAUGGGGAUUCGUUAGACAACAUAGUGUAUACCUUUGAAAUCAGACCUUUUGAAUCUAAUUUUUUGUGGUUUUUCCAUCUCUGUCAUCUCGACAGAUAUCUAUAAAUAUCUGAUUUCGAUAGACUAUACCUCUCCAGAAGGCAACAGGAUCCCGUAUGCGUGAUUCCUCGCUUAAACCAUUCAAGGAAUCCUGUGUUAUGCAACUGAGAGGGAAAGACAGUAUGCAUGUUUAAUAGAAAAAAACAGCUAAUAAUUUGGUGCACAAGUUUUUUUAAUUUUAAAAUAAGCACAGGGACAGAUUUCUACAAAUAGAGUCAAAAUAACUUAACUUCCUGUUGUUUCUGUUUGAGUUCAGUUGACAGAAUUCAUUGGACUGAUCAACAGAGAGUGUAAUGAAAAAAGUUUAUGAAGAAAUGUUGCACAGUAUAAAGAUACUAGAAAAGUAUCUCAAUACUCAACAUCCAUUUUAAGUAGUACAGGUACUUCAGAAAUAAACGUGUUAAAAUAAGAGCAGUAAUUCCAAGGAGUGCCACAGGGGGCAGGGGGCAGUGUGCAGGCACAUCGAUUUCUCCCGCUCUCCCUGCUGGCAGAUUCUGCGAGUGAGAAGAGAAAGUCAGACAUGUUUUGCUCCAAAUCGCCCCUUUGUCAUAUUCCAGCUUAAUAACUCAGGAAUGACUCAACAUAUCAGCAUAAAACAUAUAUGGAUAGAAAGGGUCAGAGCUUACUCUUUCGGUGAUUAAUCCAUUGUGGAAUACACUCAGAAAAUUAAGCACCCCUUCAAAGUUUCCUUUAACGUAACUUUCUGUGACUCGUUUCCUGCUUUAUUUCUCAGGUUUCAGUCAAAAACACACUGUGUGAAGUUUAAUCCAGUAUGUCGGGCAACGAUCUCAGUGUUUCCCUGUGGCUUUGUGUGUCAGGUGAUCACUGCAUGGCCACUAUAUGCUUUUAUAAACAAUGUUUUGAAUCAUUGAACCAAGUGUUUCCUCAGACUUGAUGUUUAAAUGUCUUAUUGUCUGUUUUUAGCGAUUGAGUGAAUCAAAAAAACAAAAAAUUGACUCUCAAAGUGUAUUUAGUGUUAUUAUUGAGUGUAUUAACGGAUUCAUCAUCAGUGUUGGGCACGUUACUUUGAAAAAGUAGUUAGUUAUAGUUAAAAGUUACUUCUCCAAAACAGUUACUGAGUUACUUCACUAUAAAAGUAACUAUUUACCAGUAAAAGUAACUAUUGCAUUACUUUUGUGUUACUCACCCCCAUAAAUUAGUAACGUGUAGUAACCGGGUGUCGGAAAUGGUAACAGUGUUAUAGUGACAGUCAGAGUAAUUAGUUAGAUUACUGCUUACUGAAAAAAGUAACGGCGUAAGUGACUCAACAAAACACAUACUUUUAGUUCCAUCUUCUAUCUAUACAAUCUUCUAUUAUUUCAUAAAUUUCUGAUGUUUUAGGUUUUUGCCAUGGUAUCGUUUAGUAUUAGUUUUGAGAUAUUUAGGCAGAUGUCGCAUCAAAAGUCAUAAUUUUAUAAUAACAGAAUUACGACACCAAUAUUAAGGAUUUUAGUGCAGAUCUGAGAAAGAUGAGAACAGAUUUACACAGUUCAGAACUGUCUUCUGAGCCAUUACUAAACCAGAUUUCAUGAUUUAACCACAAGUACUUAAAAGGUUGUAGAAGAUUCUAGCGGUCACCUUUAGCUGUGCAGAAAAUGGUUUGGAUGGUCAUAAACAAUUCAAGUUUACUACAGUUUACAGUUGACCACAUGGACAGAAAAAAUGUUUACAUAACGAUAAAUGAUAGAGUACCAAUUUUAAAUUAGUAAUAGUGGGACAUUUAAUCCUAGAAACACUGCACCAACUGUUAAGCAUGGUGGUGGUAGAAUCAUGCCAUGGAUUAUUAGCUAAGCUGUAUGUACAGUAUAAUGAAAUAAGAUUUCAGAAAAUCUCCUAAAAAAGAGAGAUCCCACUCAUUCCCAGAAAAAGACUAGUUCAGAGAAAUCACAGUGCCAUCAGAGUAUUCAUGCUUGUGAUGAGCAGAUGUAAACUUCAUACCACAACUAUAUGAAUAUCAUAAAACUAAUGUCUCACCAUUAAAACUCUUUAUU